UAAUACAUACUUUGAAUGGCUUGCAAGGGAAAUUUUAAGCUCCUUAGCAAACGAAUAUUUCAGUCUAAGGUUUCCAUUUCUGCGAGUAGACACAGUAUCACUUGCUUCGCCCCAAGGGUGCACUCAAUAGAUGGAAAAGAAACUUUCCUUGUAGGACAUUUAUAACUUCGUAUAGAAAACAUAUCGUAUACAGCCUGUAACGAUAUGAGAGGCGCGUGUAGUGGACAGAUUGUGUUAUUUUGCUGAGUACUUGCGUACUAAGCAGGAUGUAAGAGGACACUCAGUCUAUUUUUAUAGCCGAGCACUAUAUAAUUCAGCAUAUGACUUCGGACAGAACAUCCACAUGAAAGCUCUUCUUGUAUACGAAUCAUUUUGUUGAGACUGUCGUAGAAAAGGCUCCAUGGUAAUUGGUGCAACCGAAUAACACUCUGGAAGGCGAGACGGCUGAAUCAACACAGAAGAAAUUCAUCCAAGAAAGUUAGGAAGAAAUAUCAUUGAAUUCAGGAUCAAAACAUUCAAAAAGUCCAUUGAGAUUAGAACAGUGGCAAUCACGUGGGCGUGUACACGUACACCGCAGAUCUGAUGAAAUAACUUGUUUACAUCACAAAAAUUGGGAUCACAAUUGUUCUAACAUCAUUCUAUUCUCUAAAUUGAAAAGUUUCGUGCAAGACCGAGGGCAAUCUGUAACAGACCACAUACAGAUGUUCUUAGGCAAGAUCUAAAGCACAAGCGAGGAAGAUAGACCACCACUGUUCCUGAGUUACGCGUCAUUAAAAGCCGAGGCUAAAACAUACUCGAAUGGAUAUCUUGAGGGGCCUCGUGUUCAUGAUCGCCUUGCAUUAUUCCACAUUCUACAUCCAUGCUAGUCAGACUUCACUCAAGAAAAAUAAGUCAGUUAACAAGCCUCAUGGACGGCACGUGGCGAACAAGAGAGGGUGGUCUACAUUAUUUGACCCACACGGCGGGAACAGUUCAUUUCCAAAGAUUUCGCCGGUUGUGUAUUUGAAAGAAAAUGUCUCUGAGACUGAGGCAACAAUCGCAUCUUCACAUCUGGUAGAAACUAUACGAGGAGAAAAGAAAAGAAAACGAAGGAGGAAGAAGAAUGCGAAAAAGAUGCUCAAGAAAUUGCGAAGUGGAGGUCUUGUGGGGCUUAAAGAAUCUGUGCCUCCCACGAAGAGAAAAUGUAGAAACUGGAGCCAAUGCAAGAAAGACGAGUGUUGCAUAAGAUACAGUGUCAAUAAAGGAUUCUGUAAGCGAAGACCUCAAAAGGGACAGAGAUGCAAGCCUGUUCUUUUGCCUGGUCUGAGAGAUUGCCCUUGUGACGAAGGCCUCACCUGUACCCGCUACAGAACGACAAAACGGGGCCAGAAAAAACACAGAUGUGAACGUUUAAGAAUCAGCGAGGAAGAAGAAAAAGAGCAAAGGUAUUCUACUGGACUGAACAAGAGAACUAGCAAAUGAGAUAUGAAAUUAACCCAAAUUGAUAUUUCAAGUGGAGCCUGGUGAAAUGCAUCAAGAGGAAAUGUGCGAUGAUUAAGGUUAAACUUUACUACUGGACCAGUUCCGUCAUCAUAACGAGAUGGCCUGUUGCGUUUUCAUCGAUGAGCGCAAAAAUAGCAAUGAAGGAAGAACGACAUAGAGUCAGCCAUGUUUAUGUGUACCCUCUCAGUCAAAAUACCUUCAAGUUGCUGUUACUGUUUUUAUCACCAGAUUAAUGCAUUCGGCUACGACGUAGAAACUGGCUUUGAAUAGAUAGAAACCCUAAAAAACAUUGAUCAUCCAAUGCCGUCUAACACUGAAGAAGUGUAUUAAUGCGAUGAACGCGACAAAUUUUUGGAACAAAUUUCAGUUUACAAUGGAUGGACGAUGAUGUAUGCGGGGCAGCUCUUAAAGAAACAGUUUCCGAAAAUUAAGAUUUCCCAGUUGUCAUUUACUGUUUCUUUCAGGGCAAGUUUGAUGGUUCAAAUUUCUACUCAAUACAUUCACUCCAAAACCUGUUUGUUCCUGUUCACAAUUUGUGAUCUUUUAAUGAGUACUCUGCCGGUAACCUACAAACAGCCCCCCACCGCCACAGUUGAACAUUUCUAAUGAUUUCGUGUUGUAGAACUUCUUUUUUUCACAAAAAAUAGCGAUUGCGUUGACGUUAGAUGGCUAUGAAACUUGUUGAAGUGAUAAUGGAUGCCUGCUAUCUAAUUUGAAAUGAAGGCUGAAUUUAUAGGAACCAGGUUUUCUCAGGAUUGAACUGGAUUGAACUGCGCAACGGACAAUCGGUAAAGAAUAGAGAACACCUUAAUAGUUAAAAGUUAAAAGGCAGAAACAUGGCGAAAAUGAUAAAACGUAAGAACAUCGCAAAUCUCGCACAGAGCUUUAAAAUUUGUAAGCGAGAUUUGCGAUUAAUCCUGGACAUACUUUUAAGAAUAGGCCGAGAAGGAUUUUGAAUAUAUAGACUCAUGAAAAAUGUCCAAACAUUUUAGAUUCGUUUUGAUCGAUGUGGUCUUCUUCUCUUCUCUCUUUUCGAUGCAUUUCCAAGUUAGCAGGUGUUAGUUAUUUUAGCAUUUAGCAUUUAGCAUUCAAGUUAGCAUUUCCAAGUUAGCAGAAAUAUGCGGAUAUUUCGACGACUUGUGUCGCGAGAAUGUUUUGACGACCCUUCACUCGUAAGGGGUGUUCUUCAUUAAACAGGUACUUACGUACAACCUUAUUCAUAUUUAUAAUUUACCAAAUGGAUCACAGGCAUCAACGAAGUUUAAGAUAAAAUGUUAAGAAAGAAAUAAGUUUCAAGUCCAUUUGGUAAAGACGUGUUAUAGAAACGUGGAUAUAAGUUGGGAUAUUGUUGAUACGAGAUCUUUCUUCAACAAUGUUUUACUUAACUUCUGUCAGCUACACUUUUGUUAGCAUGAUCCGAAUGUUAUUGAAAAGAUUAUUUUCAAAUCCACGUGGGAAUUGCGUUUAAAGGCCACGACCGAGAGUUAUGGACUCGUUUUGUUUAUUUUGUUUUGUUUUUGACCAUAAGCGAGUACAAUUGUAAUGACCUAGUGUCUUUGUUAGUUACGAGAAGCGUAGAAAUGCUUCGCGCGAACAUGGUUUGUUAGGGCAGUGAUCUUAACGGAAAAGUGAGCCUAGAAAACAGAAAUGGAUGCGAUACUUAAGAGCGAUACUUAAGAUAAGAUACUUAAGAGCGAUAGACCACUUUCAUUAAUGGCUGCCUGGAUUAAUAUUCUUUUGUUUAAAUUUAAAUUAGCCUUUCUGGCCUCGUUCUCCAUUACAAAAUUCAAAAGAAUACA